CGAAGAUCGACCGCAAGAACUUGCAGAAACGCAAGGUCAAGGUCGGCCAGCCUCUGAAGAUGGAAGCGGAUGUCAAGGGAGAACCAGAACCCGCCAUCACCUGGACCUUCAACGGACAGCCGCUCAAGCCUGAGGAGCGACUCAAGAUUGAGAACAAGGACUACCACACAUCGUUCGCGCUGCAAAAGCUGACGCGCGCUGACAGCGGCAAAUACGUCGUCACUGCUAAGAACGACAGCGGAACUGACACGGUCGAGAUUGAAGUGCAAGUGGUCAGCAAGCCGGCUAAGCCGAAGGGACCGCUCAAGGUAUCCGACGUCAAAGCAGACGGCUGCAAGCUCAAAUGGGAGCCGCCGGAAGACGACGGAGGCGAACCGGUCGAAAGCUACGUGGUCGAACGAAUGGACACCGAGUCCGGUCGCUGGGUGCCUGUGUGCACCACCAAGACUCCCGAAGCUGACGUUACGGGCUUGAACGAGGGCAAGGAUUAUAUGUUCCGAGUGAAGGCUGUCAACCCGGAGGGCGAGAGUGAACCGCUUGUCACUGAUACUGCUACAACUGCUAAGAAUCCUUAUGGCGAGCCCGACCCGCCCGGCAAGCCCGAGUUCAAGGACUGGUCCAAGGAGCACGUGGACCUCAAAUGGGAGAAGCCAGCCAACGAUGGCGGCGCUCCUAUUACCGGCUAUAUCGUCGAGAAGAAGGACCGCGACACCGGCAAGUGGGUGAAGGCUGCUGAGGUACCCGGCAACAAGACAGAGGCCCGCGUGCCAGACUUGAUCGAAGGCAAGACCUACCAGUUCCGUGUGAAGGCAGUCAACAAGGCAGGCCCAGGCAAGCCGUCCGCAGCUUCAGAGAAUCUGCUGGCUAAGGACAGGUUUGCGCCGCCUAAGAUAGACCGCACCAACAUGCGAGACAUCACCAUCAAGGCCGGCCAGAACAUUCGGUUGGACAUCAAGGUUUCUGGUGAACCUCCACCAACCAAGACUUGGUUCCACAACAAAGAGCGUCUCUCAAGUCGCGAUGACCUGACCAUCGACACCGAAGACUACAAAAUCAAGCUAUCGGUCGUAGUCUGCAGCCGCAAGCACAGCGGUACUUACGUCCUGAAGGCUGAGAACAGCAGUGGACGUGAUGAGGCUACCAUACAGGUCAACGUGCUCGAUGUACCUGCCAAGCCUGAGGGACCGCUCAAGAUCAAGCUAUCGGUCGUGGUCUGCAGCCGCAAGCACAGCGGUACUUACGUGCUCAAGGCUGAGAACAGCAGUGGACGCGAUGAGGCCACCAUACAGGUCAACGUGCUCGAUGUACCUGCCAAACCUGAGGGACCACUGAAGAUCUCAGACGUCCACAAAGAAGGCUGCACGCUCAAAUGGAACCCGCCCCUAGACGAUGGUGGCGCGCCCAUCGACCACUACCUGGUCGAAAAACUCGAUACCGAGACCGGCCGCUGGAUGCCCUGCAUGAAGACCAAGGACCCGAAGGCCGAGGUGGAGAACCUGGUGCCAGGUCACGAAUACAAGUUCAGAGUGUCUGCGGUCAAUAACGAGGGCGUUUCGGAACCCUUGGACGCAGACCACUCGAUCAUUGCCAAGAAUCCGUUCGACGAACCGGGCAAACCCGGAACACCGGAAGUGGUUGACUGGGACCGCGACCACGUGGAUCUCAAGUGGGACAAGCCCAUCAACGACGGUGGCGCUCCCAUCACCGGCUACAUCAUUGAGAAGAGGGAGGUCGGCUCGCCGAAAUGGGUGAAAGCCUGCGAGGUCGGCCCCCACGACAACGAAAAGGCAACAGUGCCGAACUUAGACGAGGGAACGGAAUACGAGUUCCGCGUGAAGGCCAUCAACGAGGCCGGCCCUGGCGAGCCGUCAGACGCCAGCAAGUCUGUCGUCUGCAAGCCCAGGAAACUGGCUCCGAAGAUCGACCGUCGCAACCUACGCACCAUCAAAGUCCGCGAGGGUGAACCAAUUGCGCUUGACGUCAAAGUGUCGGGUGAACCCGCGCCAGACGUCGCUUGGAGCCUCAACGGCAAGAGCGUCAGCAGCGGCAACGGCUUGAAGCAGCCCGCGCCAGAUGUCGCUUGGAGUCUCAACGGCAAGAGCGUCAGCAGCGGCAACGGGCUGAAGCACACCCUCCGCCUCCGCCGAACAAAUUCCGAACAUAAUGCGUUGCUGGAGGAUGUCUGCGACGCGCCCGCCGGCCCGAGCGCCGACAAGCGCGCCGACAUGAUCGUGCGCGAGCUGGAGCAGCACCAGCGGCUCAUGGACGACAACCCCGAGGCCGAGGAGCUGCGCAGGUCAGGCUCCAUAGCUAGGGACACCCUCGGAACACGAUGCGUCGCUGGAGGAUGUUUGAUGGAUGAUAGUGCGAGAGCUGGAGCAGCACCAGCGGCUCAUGGACGACAACCCCGAGGCCGAGGAGCUGCGCAGCUGGAGCAGCACCAGCGGCUCAUGGACGACAACCCCGAGGCCGAGGAGCUGCGCAGGUUCCACAACAAAGAGCGUCUCUCAAGUCGCGAUGACCUGACCAUCGACACCGAAGACUACAAAAUCAAGCUAUCGGUCGUGGUCUGCAGCCGCAAGCACAGCGGUACUUACGUACUGAAGGCUGAGAACAGCAGUGGACGUGAUGAGGCCACCAUACAGGUCAACGUGCUCGAUGUACCAGCCAAGCCUGAGGGACCACUCAAGAUCUCAGACGUCCACAAAGAAGGCUGCACGCUCAAAUGGAACCCGCCCCUAGACGAUGGUGGUGCGCCCAUCGACCACUACUUGGUCGAGAAGCUUGAUACCGAGACCGGUCGCUGGAUGCCGUGCAUGAAGACCAAGGACCCGAAGGCCGAGGUGGAGAACCUGGUUCCAGGACAUGAGUACAAGUUCAGAGUGUCUGCGGUCAAUAACGAGGGCGUUUCGGAACCCUUGGACGCAGACCACUCGAUUAUUGCCAAGAAUCCGUUCGACGAACCGGGCAAACCCGGAACACCAGAAGUGGUUGACUGGGACCGCGACCAUGUUGACCUUAAAUGGGAUAAGCCCAUCAACGACGGCGGCGCUCCCAUUACCGGCUACAUCAUUGAGAAGAGAGAAGUUGGCUCGCCGAAAUGGGUGAAGGCCUGCGAGGUCGGCCCCCACGACAACGAGAAGGCUACAGUGCCGAACUUGGACGAGGGAACGGAAUACGAGUUCCGAGUGAAGGCCAUCAACGAGGCCGGCCCUGGCGAGCCAUCAGACGCCAGCAAGUCUGUCGUCUGCAAGCCCAGGAAACUGGCUCCGAAGAUCGACCGUCGCAACCUACGCACCAUCAAAGUCCGCGAGGGCGAACCCAUCGCGCUUGACGUCAAGGUGUCGGGUGAACCUGCGCCAGAUGUCGCUUGGAGUCUCAACGGCAAGAGCGUCAGCAGCGGCAACGGCUUGAAGCUGGUGAACGUGCCAUACUUGAGCAAGUACCAGCACUCGAGCCCGCGUCGCAAGGACUCCGGCACUUACAAGAUCCACGCCACCAACAGAUAUGGCGAGGACAAGGCCGAGUUGGAGAUCAUUGUUACAUCCAAGCCCGAGAAGCCGGAAGGCCCUCUCGAGGUGUCAGACAUCCACAAGGACGGCUGCAAGCUCAACUGGAAGCGGCCUAAGGACGACGGCGGCGAGCCCAUCGAGGCCUACCUCGUCGAGAAGUACGAUACCGAGACCGGCAACUGGGUGCCUGUCGGGAAGACGUUGGGCAACGUUCCCGAGAUGGAGGUGGACGGGCUGAUCCCAGGCCACGAAUACAAGUUCCGCGUCAAGGCGCUGAACAAGGAAGGCGAGUCCGAACCGCUGGAGACCUUCGGUGCUAUUGUCGCGAAGGAUCCGUUCACGGUGCCAGACGCGCCAACCGCGCCAGUGCCAGAAGACUGGUCGGCCAACCAUGUGGACCUCAAGUGGGAGGCGCCUAUCUCAGACGGAGGCUCGCCUAUCAUCGGCUACAUUGUUGAAAAGAAGGACAAAUACAGCCCGCUAUGGGAGAAGGCGGUGGAGACACACACGCCUACACCCUUCGCUACUGUCAACGGGCUGAUCGAAGGAAACGAAUACCAGUUCCGCGUGAUCGCCAUCAACAAAGCCGGCCAGAGCAAGCCUUCGGAUGCCAGCAAGAACUUCGUCGCGAAGCCUCGCUUCCUGGCGCCCAAGAUCGACAGGAGACACCUUAGGGAUGUCACCAUCUCUGCCGGGUCUACGCUUAAGCUGGAGGCUGCUAUUACUGGAGAACCAGCCCCGGCUGUGGAAUGGAGAUACCAAAACAUGCCUCUCCGCGCAUCCAAGGCCGUAUCCAUCGACAAUCCAGACUACUUCACGAAGCUGGUGAUCAGACCAGUGCGCCGCGACGAUUCCGGCGAGUACACCGUGACAGCUGUCAACUCCAGCGGCAAAGACGUCGUCAACAUCAACGUGGUUGUCACUGACAAGCCCAUGAAGCCUGAAGGACCGUUACAGAUCUCGGACGUCCACAAAGAAGGCGCUACCCUCAAGUGGAAGAGACCGAAGGACGACGGCGGUACCCCCAUCGAGUACUACCAGGUCGACAAGCUGGAUACGGAGUCUGGCUGCUGGGUGCCUUGCGCGCGCUCUGAUGAGCCUAAGUGUGACGUGACCGGCUUAACUCCUGGCAAGGAGUAUAAGUUCCGCGUGUCCGCUGUGAACUCGGNAGAUGGAACCAAGGCCGAGAAGCCGGAAGGCCCUCUCGAGGUGUCAGACAUCCACAAAGACGGCUGCAAGCUCAACUGGAAGCGGCCUAAGGACGACGGCGGCGAGCCCAUCGAGGCUUACCUCGUCGAGAAGUACGAUACCGAGACCGGCAACUGGGUGCCUGUCGGGAAGACGUUGGGCAACGUUCCCGAGAUGGAGCAAAAGCCCGAGAAGCCGGAAGGCCCUCUCGAAGUAUCAGACAUCCACAAAGACGGCUGCAAGCUCAACUGGAAGCGGCCUAAGGACGACGGCGGCGAGCCCAUCGAGGCCUACCUCGUCGAGAAGUACGAUACCGAGACCGGCAACUGGGUGCCUGUCGGGAAGACGUUGGGCAACGUUCCCGAGAUGGAGAGUACAGCCAAGCCCGAGAAGCCGGAAGGCCCUCUCGAGGUGUCAGACAUCCACAAAGACGGCUGCAAGCUCAACUGGAAGCGGCCUAAGGACGACGGCGGCGAGCCCAUCGAGGCCUACCUCGUCGAGAAGUACGAUACCGAGACCGGCAACUGGGUGCCUGUCGGGAAGACGUUGGGCAACGUUCCCGAGAUGGAGGUGACGACCACGUUACUGAGAUGGAGGCGAAUCACAGCCAAGCCCGAGAAGCCGGAAGGCCCUCUCGAGGUAUCAGACAUCCACAAGGACGGCUGCAAGCUCAACUGGAAGCGGCCUAAGGACAACGGCGGCGAGCCCAUCGAGGCCUACCUCGUCGAGAAGUACGAUACCGAGACCGGCAACUGGGUGCCUGUCGGGAAGACGUUGGGCAACGUUCCCGAGAUGGAGGUGGACGGGCUGAUCCCAGGCCACGAAUACAAGUUCCGCGUCAAGGCGCUGAACAAGGAAGGCGAGUCCGAACCGCUGGAGACCUUCGGUGCUAUUGUCGCGAAGGAUCCGUUCACGGUGCCAGACGCGCCAACCGCGCCAGUGCCAGAAGACUGGUCUGCCAACCAUGUGGACCUCAAGUGGGAGGCGCCUAUCUCGGACGGAGGCUCGCCUAUCAUCGGCUACAUCGUUGAAAAGAAGGACAAAUACAGCCCGCUGUGGGAGAAGGCGGUGGAGACACACACGCCUACACCCUUCGCUACUGUCAACGGGCUGAUCGAAGGAAACGAAUACCAGUUCCGCGUGAUCGCCAUCAACAAAGCCGGCCAGAGCAAGCCUUCGGAUGCCAGCAAGAACUUCGUCGCGAAGCCUCGCUUCCUGGCGCCCAAGAUCGACAGGAGACACCUUAGGGAUGUCACCAUCUCUGCCGGGUCUACGCUUAAGCUGGAGGCUGCUAUUACUGGAGAACCAGCCCCGGCUGUGGAAUGGAGAUACCAAAACAUGCCCCUCCGCGCAUCCAAGGCCGUAUCCAUCGACAAUCCAGACUACUUCACGAAGCUGGUGAUCCGGCCGGUACGCCGCGACGAUUCCGGCGAGUACACCGUGACAGCUGUCAACUCCAGCGGCAAAGACGUCGUCAACAUCAACGUGGUUGUCACUGACAAGCCUAUGAAGCCUGAGGGACCGUUACAGAUCUCGGACGUCCACAAAGAGGGUGCCACCCUCAAGUGGAAGCGGCCGAAGGACGACGGCGGCACUCCCAUCGAGUACUACCAGAUCGACAAGCUGGAUACGGAAUCUGGCUGCUGGGUGCCUUGUGCGCGCUCUGAUGAGCCUAAGUGUGACGUGACCGGUUUAACUCCUGGCAAGGAGUAUAAGUUCCGCGUGUCCGCUGUGAACUCGGAGGGAGAAUCGGAGCCUCUGACUGGGGAGGAGAGCAUCAUAGCCAAGAAUCCGUUCGACGAGCCUGGUGCGCCAGGCACGCCAAGCGUGACUGACUGGGACAAAGACCACGUGGAUCUCAAGUGGAGCCCGCCGCGUACCGAUGGUGGCGCACCCAUCACCGGAUACAUCGUCGAAAAGAAGGACAAGUUCGGCAACUGGGAGAAGGCUGUAGAAGUGCCCGCCGGUCAGACAACUGCUACCGUGCCCGACCUCAUCGAGGGACAGACUUACGAGUUCAGGGUUCGCGCGGUAAACAAGGCAGGCCCGGGCGAGCCGAGCGACAGCACUCACCCCAUCGUAGCCAAGCCCAGGAACUUGGCGCCGAAGAUCGACAGGACCAACCUCAUCGACAUCAAGCUCAAGGUCGGACAGAAGUUCGGCUUCGAUGUCAAGGUGACCGGUGAGCCCAUGCCAGAAACAAAAUGGUUCCUGGCCAAACGCGAGGUCAAGUCCGGCGGCGAGAUGAAGGUUCAACACUCGGACUACAACACCAAACUGAACUGCAAAGCAGCGACGCGCGCAGACAGCGGCCGCUAUACUAUUACUGCUGAGAACAGCAAUGGGAAGGAUGUGGCUGAAGUGGAAGUUAUUGUGCUUAGUGUACCUAGCCCGCCUGGAGGACCGCUCAAGGUGUCUGACGUCCACGCCCACGGAGCCAAGCUCUCUUGGAACCCGCCAGCUGACGACGGCGGCCAGCCCAUCGACAAAUACAUUGUCGAGCGUAUGGACGAGGCCACGGGACGAUGGGUGACCGCGGGAGAGACUGACGGCCCGCAGACCAGCCUCGCGGUUGAUGGUCUUACCCCUGGACACAAGUACAAGUUCAGGGUCCGAGCUGUUAACAGACAAGGCAAAUCUGAGCCUCUCACAACUCCGCACUCCACCGAAGCGAAGAAUCCAUUCGACGUCGCCGGCAAGCCCGGAACGCCCAAGAUCAAGGACUUCGACCGCGACUUCGUGGAGCUGGAAUGGACCAGGCCAGAGAAAGAUGGCGGCGCACCCAUCACGGGAUAUGUUAUCGAGAAGAAGGACAGAUUCGCGCCAGACUGGGAGGAAUGCGCUAAGGUGGAAGGCGACGUAACAACCGGCAAGGUCCCCGACCUGAUCGAAGGCAAUACUUACGAGUUCCGCGUGCGUGCCAUCAACAAAGCCGGCCCAGGAGAGCCGAGCGACGGCACCUCGCCGCACGUGGCGCGCGCCAAGAACCUGCCGCCCAAGAUCGACAGGAACUUUAUGUUCGACAUCAAGGUCAAAGCCGGCCAGAACUUCGAGCUGGACGUGCCAGUUGCAGGCGAGCCCACACCCACCAAGGAGUGGCAGCACGCAGACAACGUCGUCAUGAACACCGACCGCGUCAAGGUCUCAGGAGACGCGCACUCGACGCGCCUACGCGUUGUGGAUGCCAAGCGCGCUGACAGUGGAACAUACACCCUUAAAGCUAAGAACAUCAAUGGUUUGGACACAGCCACCGUCAAGAUCUUAGUCCUAGAUGUACCGUUACCACCAGAAGGACCACUCCGCGCCGAUGAUAUCACCAAGUCCGGAUGCACACUCCGCUGGAAACCGCCCAAAGACGACGGCGGCUCCGAAAUCUCACACUACGUCGUCGAGAAAAUGGACCAAGAGAACAUGCGCUGGAUCCCAGCUGGAGAGGUCCAGGCCUGCAGCAUCCGCAUCGACCAUCUCAUCGAGGGCCACGACUACAACUUCAGAGUCCGCGCGGUUAAUAAGCAGGGAGAGUCCCAGCCGCUCAUCGGACACGAGCCCGUCACGGCGAAGGACCCCUACGGAACCCCAGACAAACCAGGAACGCCCGUCGUCAAGGACUGGGACAAAGACCACAUGGAUCUUGAAUGGGUGCCGCCGAAGAAGGACGGAGGAUCUCCUAUCACUGGAUACAUCAUCGAGGCCAAGAAGAGGUACGGACCUUGGGAGGUGGCGGCUACAGUGCCCGGAAACCAGACCAAGGGCACCGUCUCAGGCCUGACAGAAGGCGAGGAGUACGAAUUCAGGGUCAUCGCGGUCAACAAGGCCGGAAACGGCGAACCCAGCGAUGCCUCCACUCCUCAAAUCGCCAAGGCCAGGUUCUGCGCCCCACACUUCGACAAAACUCUGCUCGCAGACAAAACUGUCAAGGCUGGACAGAGGAUCCAGUACGAGAUACCCAUCGAAGCUUCGCCGAAGCCGACCGUCGAGUGGCAGAUCAACGGAAAGGUCGUACAUCCAUCGGACCGCAUCGAUAUCCAGGUUCUCCACAACAGGGUUAUUUUAGACAUUCCAUUCUCGGUCCGAUCGGACGGAGGCGUUUACAAGUUGACCCUCAAGAACGACCUCGGAGUUUGCUCCGCUACUGCCCAAGUGACGGUGCUGGACAAGCCUUCGAGGCCCGAGAAGCCUUUGGUGGUGUCCGACGUCACCAAGGAAUCGUGCUCGCUAUCAUGGAAGGUGCCUUUGGACGAUGGUGGAUCACCGAUCUUGCACUACGUCAUCGAGAAGAUGGAUCUGUCCCGCGGAACGUGGUCCGACGCUGGCAUGAGUACGUUCUUAUCGCACCAAGUGACGAGACUUAUCCACAUGAAGGAAUACUUGUUCCGAGUGAGCGCUGUCAACGCGAUCGGCCAAUCAGAGCCGCUAGAGUUAGACAGAGCGAUUGUCGCUAAAAACGAAUUCGACGAACCGUCCGCUCCCGGCAAACCGGAAGCGACUGACUGGAGCAAGGAUCACGUGGACUUGCAAUGGACUCCGCCCAAAUCGGACGGUGGAGCUCCGAUUACGGGAUACAUCAUCCAGAAGAAGGAGAAGGGAAGCCCGUACUGGGUGAACGCUGUUCACGUACCACCUAAACAGACUAAAGCUACGGUUCCGGAUCUGACUGAAGGCCAAGAUUACGAAUUCAGGGUAAUCGCCGUCAACCAGGCUGGCCAAUCCGAGCCCAGUGAACCCUCAGACAUCAUCACAGCUAAGGACAGAUUCGUGGCGCCUAAGAUUCUUACGCCACUCAAAGAGAUCAGAAUCAAGGCUGGACUUAUUUUCCACUUGGACGUCGACUUCCUUGGAGAGCCUAUUCCUGAGGUCACAUGGACUUGCGAUGGAAGACCAGUGGUCGCAAACGAAAGGACGACAGUGACAUCUGUUGGACACCAUACGAUUAUCCACACGGUGAACUGCAAGCGGUCAGACGCUGGCAAAUACAACUUGAAAUUGAAGAACGAUUCAGGCACUGAUGAAGGCAGCUUUGAACUGAUCGUUCUUGACGUACCCGGAGCACCUCAACCGCCAUUCGAAUACGAGGAGAUUACAGCUCAAUCCGUCACGUUGUCAUGGAAACCACCCAAAGACAAUGGUGGCAGCGAACUGACAGCGUACGUCAUCGAAAAGCGUGACUUGACGCACGGAGGCGGCUGGGUACCAGCUGUUACAUACAUCAAUCCUAAAUUCAACCACGCGACUGUUCCGCGACUUACCGAGGGAACCAAAUACGAAUUCAGAGUGUUCGCUGAGAACUUGCAAGGACGAUCCGAGCCUUUGGUCACUGACAAGCCGAUCAUCGCCAAGAACCAGUACACGGUACCUGGAAAACCAGGCAAGCCUGAGCUGGUGUCUGCCGACAAGGACCACAUCAAGAUCAGGUGGUCUUCACCCAUCUCGAACGGUGGGUCGAACAUUAUCGGUUACGACGUCGAAAGGCGCGACAAGGCCACUGGCCGCUGGAUAAAACUGAACAAGGAUCCCGUUAGGAACAACGAGUAUGAGGAUGACAGGGUCCAGGAAGGCCACCAGUAUGAAUACAGGGUGUCCGCGGUCAACGCCGCCGGCCCCGGUCAACCUUCCGACGCUUCCAACGUCUUCGUGGCUAAACCUAUGAAGGAGAAGCCUAAAUUGUGGCUGGAUCACCUCAUCGGCCGCAAGAUCAAGGUCCGCGCGGGCGAACCCAUCAACAUUAACAUUCCAAUCACCGGCGCUCCCACGCCGAAGAUUUCGUGGACCAAGGGAUCUAUUCCUUUGGUACCAUCACACAGGCUGUCUGCUGAGACCAAAAACGACGAAACCAAGCUCAGCAUCGAGAAAUCGACCAGAGAUGACGCUGGAAAAUACACGAUCACGGCGCAGAACGAACACGGCAAAGACUCGGCCGAUAUCGAGGUCAUCGUCGUCGACAAACCUGGAGUGCCUAAAGGACCUCUUAUUUGCACUCCCGUCACCCACGACGCGAUCAGUCUGACCUGGCACCCGCCUACGGACGACGGCGGCAGCGAAAUCACCGGCUACGUCGUCGAAGUCGCCGAAUUCGGCGUCAACGACUGGCGAACGGUCGCCGGAUUCUGUCCCAAGUGCUCGUUCACUGUGAAGAACUUGACCGAAGGAAAGAAAUACGUGUUCAGGGUACGCGCUGAAAACCUUUACGGAGUGUCAGAUCCCUUGGAGAGCAAGCCGACGGUGGCCAAGUCACCGUUCGACCCGCCAGAUGCGCCCGAUACGCCCAAGAUUGCUGGAUACAGCUCGAACAGCUGCUCAUUGGAAUGGGAGCCCCCAGCGAACUGUGGCGGCAAACCCAUCACUGGAUACUACGUCGAAAAACGCGAACGUGGUGGCGAAUGGGUCAAAGUUAACAACUACCCCACACCUAACACCUGCUACACGGUAUCUGACUUACGCGAGGGCAACAAAUACGAGUUCCGCGUCAUCGCUGUCAACGAGGCCGGACCUGGUAAACCGAGUAAACCAACUGAACCUAUCACGGCUCAAACUCAGAGACUUAAACCCAGCCCGCCAGAGGCGCCGAAACCGGACAGAGUCACCAAGGAUUCUGUUACGUUAUCAUGGAGGCCGCCCAAGAGCGAUGGCGGAGCCAAGAUCAAGGGCUACAUCAUCCAACAGAAGGGCAAGGGUGAUAAAGACUGGAAGGACGUCAACGACGUGCCUGUUCCGAGCCUCGUUCACACCAUUCCCAAGCUCAAGGAAGGCGCAGAGUACCAGUUCAGGGUCAUCGCCGUCAACGACGUCGGAAGAUCCGACCCGAGCAAGCCUACUGCCGAUAUUGUCAUUGCUGAACAACCUAACAAGCCUUGCAUGGACCUCGGUGGAGUCAGGGACAUCACCGUACGCGCUGGAGAGGACUUCUCCAUCCACGUGCCGUAUACUGGCUUCCCUCAACCCACUGCGUCUUGGUUCGCUGAUGACAACCUGUUGGACGUCGAUGGAGAUUCGAGAAUAUUCCAGAAGAUUACACCCGAAUCCGCGUCGCUUGUCGUCAAGAACGCUAAGCGAACAGACGCUGGUCAAUACCGUCUGCAACUGCGCAACCCGUCCGGAUUCGAUACGGCCACGAUCAACGUCCGCGUAUUGGACAGGCCAGCGAAACCAGAGAACCUUCGCGCCGACGAGUUCGAGGGUGAAGCGCUCACGCUGUACUGGAACCCUCCCAAAGACAACGGAGGCGGUGAGAUCACCAACUACGUCGUCGAGAAACGCGAAGCGAGAACGGCCAACUGGACGAAGGUGUCAGGAUAUGUUACGACACCGUUCCUACGCGUGAAGAACUUGAAUGUAGGCAGGGAUUAUGAGUUCAGGGUUAUGGCUGAGAACCAGUACGGUCAGUCCGACCCGGCUCAGACAACUGAGCCUAUUAAAGCCAGGCAUCCAUUCGACCCGCCAGGAGCGCCCGGCGCGCCUAGGGCUGUCGAAACGACAGAAUCCUCCAUCACGAUUACCUGGACGAAGCCCCGUCAUGACGGCGGCUCGCCUAUCACGGGCUAUGUGGUCGAAAAGAGGUUGAUAACCGAAGACAAGUGGACGAAGGCGUCCCACGCUCACAUUCCAGACACGACGUACAAGGUGACGGGACUGAUCGAGAACCACGAGUACGAAUUCCGAGUGGCGGCCAUUAACGCUGCAGGCCAGGGUCCUUACUCGCAGAGUUCGGACGCUAUCCGCGCGUGUAGGGCUCCCAACUCGCCGAAGAUCACCAGCGACCUCAGUCUUCGGGACAUCACGGUUAUUGCUGGCGAGGAGAUCAAGAUCACCGUGCCGUUUACUGGCAACCCCAGGCCGAAGGUGUCCUGGAUGGUGAACAACGACGAGGUUUUCCCGGACAACCGCAUCCGGUUCGUGACGUCCGACCUGGAUACGGUGUUCGUCAACACGUCGGCCAAGCGAUCCGACACCGGCUCGUACACCAUACAGCUGACCAACAGCGAGGGGUCUGACAGUGCUACUUGCAGAGUGCUAGUAGUAGACAGGCCGUCCCCACCGGUGGGACCGCUCGAAGCCUACGACAUCACUCCAGACACGUGCACAUUGAGUUGGAAGCCGCCCAUGGAUGAUGGUGGCUCCCCCAUCACCAAUUAUGUGGUGGAGAAGAUGGAGAGCAGUGGUAUCUGGGUGAAGAUCUCAUCAUUCGUCCGCAACUGCCACUACAACGUGAUGGGCUUGGAACCGAACCGCAAGUACACGUUCCGCGUUCGCGCCGAGAACCAGUACGGAGUGUCCGACCCGCUGACUAUGGACGACUAUAUCACUGCCAAGUUCCCAUUCACGAUUCCCGACCCGCCGGGCGCGCCACGUGUCACCGAAUGGGACGGUUCCACCGCUACCGUCGUGUGGGACAGACCGCGUUCCGACGGCGGUGCGCGUAUACAGGGAUACAAGAUUGAGUUCCGAGACGUGCAAGACGGUGUCUGGAACAGUGCCGAUUACCUUGUCAAGGACUGCAACUACCAGGCAUACAACCUCGAAGCGGGUCACGAGUACGAGUUCCGCGUGCGCGCUCAGAACGCGGCCGGACUCAGUAAAUAUUCUGCCAGCUCGCAGAAGUUCAAGGUCAAGCCGCGCUGCGGGCCCCCCGGGGCCCCCCGUGCCCCCCGCGUGCUCCGCGUGGGCCGCAACUACAUCGACUUGUCGUGGGACCCGCCGCACACUGAUGGAGGCUCCCGCGUGACCGGCUACAUCAUCGAGAAGCGUGAUGUAGGCAGCUCAGUAUGGGUGAAGUGCAACGACUACAACGUGCAAGACACGACAUUCACCGCGCUCAACCUCGGCGAGAAGCAGGACUAUGAGUUCCGCAUCAUCGCUGUUAACGCCGCAGGCAAAUCCGAACCUUCAACCUGCACAAGCCCAGUCCGCACGGGCGAAGAGAUCGGCGGAACCAAACCGGAAUGGGUGAAGCAAGUGCCACCACACAUGGCCGCGCCGCUCGGCAGGCCUUACACCAUAGAAUGUGUGGCCACUGGCAACCCAUCGCCUACCGGGCGCUGGAUGAAGAACGGCAGGGAGUUGGUGCUGGGAACCAGGUUCAUCGCGGAAUCCCGCGAGGGUACGCUGAAGCUGAACAUCCUCGAAGCCAAGGAUGAUGACGAGGGUGACUACACGUGCGAGGCGUCCAAUAACAUUGGCUUCAUUUACAGCACUGGACACCUCAAGAUCGGAAGCCCGCCACGCAUCACCAGAAUGCCAGGCGACAUGCACCUACCAGAACACGAAAACACCAAGAUCAAGAUCCUCUACACUGGAGACCAGCCCGUUGACGUCACACUUACUAAAGACGGCCACAAAGUGUCCGAGUCGCCAAGGCUGAAGUACACAGUCUUUGAUGACUACAUGCUCAUCUUCAUCAAGGAUAUCAGCAAGGAUGACAUGGGCACAUACAAGCUCACAAUCAAGAACAACUCCGGCGAGACAUCCGACUCGUUCACCGUGACGGUGACAGGCCUGCCCGGCCCGCCGCAAGGCCCGCUGGAGGCCAGUGACGUCAGCCGCCACUCCUGCACGCUGGCGUGGAAGCCGCCCGCGUACGACGGCGGCUCGCCCGUCACUCACUACGUCAUCGAGAGGAAUGACACCUCAGGAACGGCCUGGAUCACCAUCGCGUCCUCUGUACGGGACACCAAGUUCACAGUACAAGGACUGGUGGAAGGACAGGAGUACAACUUCAGGGUUCACGCCGCCAAUGACAAUGGUGUGGGACCCGCGCUGGAUGGAGUCAAUCCUAUCAGGGCGAAGGCACCAUACGACCCACCAUCAGCGCCCGGCAUUCCGAAAAUCCUGGAGGUCGGAGGAGACUUCGUGCACCUGGAAUGGGCCAAGCCUGAGAGCGACGGAGGGGCUAGGAUACAAGGCUACUGGGUGGACAAACGCGAGGUCGGCGCAAGCACGUGGCAGCGCGUGAACGCUGUGCUCUGCCUGCCCAACAUGCUGAACUGUGCCAACCUGAUCGAGGGCCGCCAGUACGAGUUCCGCGUCACCGCACAGAACGAGGCCGGCCUGUCCCCGCCUAGUACUGCCAGCCAGCAGGUCAAGGUCGUCGACCCCAAGGCUGCCACGCCGCCAGAGAUCGUGAAGCCACUGAAGAAUGCCAACUGCAUCCAGUACCACAACGCUAAAUUCCAGUGUACCAUCACUGGUCAGCCGAAGCCUACCAUCACGUGGUACAAGGGCGCAAGGGAGAUAACCAACGGCCCGCGCCACCGCAUCUGGAGCGAGGGAGACAACCACUUCUUGACAGUUGUGGAUGUAUUCGGCGAAGACGCCGAUGAGUACGUCUGCCGCGCCGUCAAUCGUGCAGGAGUCAAGAGCACACGUGCUGAACUGCUUAUUAUGACCGCGCCGAAACUGAACGUGCCACCACGCUUCCGCGACACAGCAUACUUCGACAAGGGCGAGAAUGUGGUCGUCAAGAUCCCCUUCACGGGACACCCGGUGCCCAAGAUCACGUGGGUGCGCGAGGGAGAGACCAUAGAGUCUGGACUACACUACCACGUGGAGAGGAAAGAACGCCACGCGAUCCUGACCAUCAGGGACGCCAGCAAACUGGACUCAGGGCCGUACAGGAUCACGGCUGAGAACGAGCUGGGACAAGACUCGGCCAUCAUCAACAUUGAGAUCAGCGAUCGCCCAGACCCACCACGAUUCCCAGCGGUGGACAACAUCGGUGUGGACUCGCUGGCUCUCAGCUGGAAGGCGCCAGUCUGGGACGGUGGCUCCGACAUCACCAACUACUUGGUGGAGAAGCGAGAGCACCCGAUGACCAGCUGGAUCCGGGUCGGCAACACCAGGUUUACCACCAUGGCCAUCACGGGUCUGGUGCCCGGCAAACAGUACGAGUUCCGCGUCUACGCAGAGAACAUCUACGGACGGUCGGAGCCUAGCGACACCACGUCACUGGUGCAGACCAAGGCCGUCGUCAAGAAGGAGUUCAAGAAGAAGGAAUAUCCUGUGGACGAAACCGGCAAGCGUAUACGCACGAACGCGGACCACGGACCAGUGAAGGACUACGACAGUUAUGUCUGCGACAUCUACAGCAAGUACGUGCCGCAGCCCGUCGACAUCAACACCUGCUCUGUGUACGACAGAUACGACAUACUGGAGGAGAUUGGCACAGGCGCGUUCGGCGUUGUCCACCGAUGCCGCGAGAGGGCCACCGGCAACUACUUCGCCGCUAAAUUCAUCCCGGUCACUGGUGCGAUGGAGAAGGAGCUCAUCAAGAAAGAGAUAGACAUAAUGAACCAGCUGCACCAUAGGAAACUGAUUAAUCUUCAUGAUGCGUUUGAGGAUGACGAUGAGAUGGUGCUGAUAUUCGAGUUCUUGUCCGGAGGCGAGCUAUUCGAGCGCAUUACAGAACCUGGUUACAACAUGAGCGAGGCCGAAGCGGCCCACUACAUGCGGCAGAUAUGCGAAGGUGUCAGGCAUAUGCACGAACAGAACAUCAUUCAUCUCGACCUGAAGCCCGAGAACGUCAUGUGCCAGACACGCAGCGGCACUGAUGUCAAGAUCAUCGACUUCGGUCUGGCCACGAAGCUGGAUCCCAACGAGGUGGUCAAGAUUUCCACCGGUACAGCCGAGUUCGCCGCGCCAGAGAUCGUGGAGCGCGAACCGGUUGGAUUCUACACAGACAUGUGGGCCGUGGGAGUUCUAUCAUACGUGCUCCUCUCCGGCCUAUCACCGUUCGCGGGUAACAACGACAUCGAGACCCUUAAGAACGUUAAGGCCUGUGACUGGGAGUUCGACGAGGAAGCCUUCCAGCAUGUAUCUGAUGAUGCCAAGGACUUCAUCAGGCGGCUGCUGGUUAAGAACAAAGAGAAACGUAUGACAGCGCACGAGUGUUUAAUGCACAAGUGGUUAGCCGGAGACGCGGCUGCCGCCAGAACCGCCACCAUCGAAGCCAGGAGAUACGAGGCGCUGCGCAACAGGCUACGGGACAGAUACGAGAACUGGUCAUCAUUCGCGCUGCCGAUCGGCAGGCUGAGCGAGUACAGUUCGCUGCGCAAACUGCUCAUCGAGAAGUGGAAGAUAUACGACGGACAGUUCGACCGGCGGCAAGCGGCGCCGCGGUUCGUGAUCAAGCCGCAAUCGGCCUUCUGCUACGAGGGCCAGUCAGUAAAACUGUACUGCCGCAUCAUCGCUUGUGCCACGCCUACGGUCACGUGGUCACGCAACAAUCACGAGCUCAGGCAGUCCGUCAAGUUCAUGAAGAGAUACGCGGGCGAUGAUUACUACUUCAUCAUCAACCGCGCGAAGCUGGAAGACCGCGGCGAGUACAUCAUCCGUGCGGAGAACCACUACGGAUUCCGGGAGGAGGUCGUGUUCCUCAACGUACAACCGGUUCCCAAGGUCCAACGCCAACACUUGCCGGAAGCGCCGCGCCGCCGCGAGGCGUUGCCCUACACCUUCUGGCAGGAGUCGAGCGAGACGGCGCCCGCCUUCACCUUCCAGCUGCGGCCGCGCGUCAUGCAGGCGCGCGACACCUGCAAGCUGCUCUGCUGCCUCAGCGGCAAGCCCACGCCCACCGUCAAGUGGUACAAGGACAGAAAGGAGCUAUCCAAGUUCGACUAUUCCAUGACGCACGCCGAUGGCGUCGUCACCAUGGAGAUCGUCGACUGCCGGCCCGAGGACAGCGGCAAAUACAGCUGCAUCGCCACAAACAUCCAUGGCACCGAUGAGACCUCGUGCGUCGUUAUUGUUGAGGGCGAGGUAGUCUCACCCGAGCAAGCGGCGCUAGCGCACAACUUCCUGCACUCAGGAGACCGUCGCUACAUCGAGAAGCCCAUCAAGCCUGCACCACCACCUAUCAUCACCAAGACUAAGGUCACAAUCGACCCGCCACAGAAGUCGCACGCGGCGCCCAGGCCCAAAUACUCGCCGCAGAGCUCGGUAGAAGCGAGCAAGAAGAAGUACGGCGCCAAACUGGACUCGGACGCGUCUUCGCGGUCGAGGAGCGCCACUAAAGAGCUAGUUUUACCAGCGUCAGACUCAACGAUGUGCGCGCCGUCAUUCGCGCGCGCGCUGCCCGACGUGCUAAACGCGCGCGACGGAGCACCUUUACUCCUGUCGUGCGCAGUGCGAGGCGACCCCGACCCGCGCGUGCAGUGGUACAAGAACGGCAAGCCGCUGCACUCGUCUGAGGUGGUAGACCUCAAGUACAAAAACGGCGUAGCCUCGCUGGCAAUCAGCGAGGUGUUCCCCGAAGACGAAGGCGAAUACUCGCUCAAGGCCAUCAACAGCCAGGGCGAGGUCGAGACCAAGUGCAAGGUCUCCGUCAAACCCAUGGACGGCGCGGCGGCGGCUCCCGGAGUGAAGACGGGCGACAAGCCGCCGAGGAUCGUGGACCAUGCGCAGUCGCAGGUCGUCACCGACGGCGAUGCGGUUACGCUGGCCUGCAGAAUCGUAGGCGCCGAGCGUUUCGACGUGGUCUGGCUGCACAACAACAAAGAGAUCAAGCCUUCCAAAGACUUCCAGUAUUCAAGCGAGGCCAACAUUCACAAGUUACACAUCGCAGAAAUAUUCCCUGAGGAUGCUGGCGUAUACACAUGCGAGGCAUUCAACGACGCGGGCGAGUCGUUCUCGUCGUGCUCCCUAGUAGUCAUGGUCCCCGGGGAAACCCCGGCGGCACCGCAGUACAAGCUGUUCCCAGGAUCCGCCACCGUAUCAUCCGCGGAGCCGGCCGUGUUCACCGCGGAGCUGGACAAGUACAAGCUGUUCCCAGGAUCCGCCACCGUGUCAUCCGCGGAGCCGGCCGUGUUCACCGCGGAGCUGGACAAGUACAAGCAGUUCCCCGGCUCCGCUUCUGUGUCAUCCGCGGAGCCGGCCGUGUUCACUGCGGAGCUGGACAAGUACAAGCAGUUCCCUGGUUCCGCCACCGUGUCAUCCGCGGAGCCGGCCGUGUUCACCACGGAGCUGGACAAGUACAAGCAGUUCCCUGGUUCCGCCACCGUGUCAUCCGCGGAGCCGGCCGUGUUCACCGCAGAGCUGGACAAGUACAAGCAGUUCCCUGGUUCCGCCACCGUGUCAUCCGCGGAGCCGGCCGUAUUCACCGCGGAGCUGGACAAGUACAAGCUGUUCCCAGGAUCCGCCACCGUGUCAUCCGCGGAGCCGGCCGUGUUCACCGCGGAGCUGGACAAGGUAGAAAUCGUAGGCGCCGAGCGUUUCGACGUGGUCUGGCUGCACAACAACAAAGAGAUCAAGCCUUCCAAAGACUUCCAAUACUCAAGCGAGGCCAACAUUCACAAGUUACACAUCGCAGAAAUAUUCCCUGAGGAUGCUGGCGUAUACACAUGCGAGGCAUUCAACGACGCGGGCGAGUCGUUCUCGUCGUGCUCCCUAGUUGUCAUGGUGCCCGGGGAAACCCCGGCGGCGCCGCAGUACAAGCUGUUCCCAGGAUCCGCCACCGUGUCAUCCGCGGAGCCGGCCGUGUUCACCGCGGAGCUGGACAAGCCACCACUCCAGCUCCAAUGGUUGAAGGACGGCAAGCCAGUGGACGAGACAUCCGCCCGCUACAGGUUCACGAUGGAAGGCACGUCGCGAUAUCGCUUCGAGAUCGCCAAGGCCUCGCCCGACGACGCCGGCCAGUACCAAGCCCGCGCUGUCGGUUCCAAAGGCGAUGCGCACGCAGCCUUCUACCUAAACGUCAGCGACAUCUAGACAAAACAAUGACCAAUAAACAGGGACCCAGAACACUACCCUGCGGUACCCCCAAAAACUGGAGAAUGAUUCAAUUGAGCAAUUUUUUUUAUACAACUCGGAGUCUAAGUGUGUAAAGAAGUUUUUUUUAUAUUAAAUUAUUUAUUAAUUUAUUAAGUAUUCAUAAGUGUUACACCCUAUCGAAUGCCUACGAGAAGUCGCUUGGACGGAAUCCUCGCUCUCUAGUCACUGUUAACGUUUAAAUGUUAAUUUAUUUAUUCGAAUUUAUCCGUUGUUAUUAUUUCUUUUUUGUUUUCUUUAUCGUAUCUAUUGUCCUGGCCUAACAGAAUGCAGCUUUUAAAUUUAAGCUUGAGUUUAUAUACUUUAUGUUGCGGUUGUGGGGAUGACGAACCUUCGCCGAACGUUCGGAGCGCCACCGAAGAAUGCUCGACGGACGGGCGUCGCCUCUAGCUACGAUCUGUAAUAAUUAUUUUUAUAUAA